AUGUCAAUUCUUGAAGAUUGUGGUAUGCUUGCUUGCAAGCCUUCUGCUGUACCUAUGGAAUCAAAUUUGAAACUUCAUACAAACUCGGGUUCUCCCCUUGCAGAUCCAGGAUCAUAUAGAAGGCUCGUGGGAAGAUUAUUGUAUUUAACAAUUUCUCGACCUGACAUCUGCUAUACUGUACACAAAUUAAGUCAGUUUGUAGCAAAUCCACAUUCUGAACACAUGAAUGCAGCUCACAUGCUUCUCCGCUACUUAAAACACACUGUUGGUCAAGGUAUCCUAUUCAAAGCUACCUUUGACACUAAAUUACAUGCUUAUGUGGAUGCUGAUUGGGGUUCAUGCCUUGAUAGCAGAAGAUCAACAACAGGUUUUUGUAUUUUCUUAGGAAAUUCCUUAAUUUCUUGGAAGGCUAAGAGACAGAAGACAGUCAGCAAAUCUUCAGUAGAAGCAGAAUAUAGAUCUUUAGCAUCCGUCUUUACUGAACUUACUUGGCUGAGAAAUUUUUUAACUGAUUUCAAUAUUGACACACCAUAUGCAGUUGUGUACUGUGACAACAAGGCAGCAAUACACAUUGCAACCAACCCUACAUACCAUGAAAGCACCAAACAUUUAGAAAUUAACCUCCACUAUGUCAGGGAACAAAUGGAAAGAGGGGCACUCAAGUUAAUUCAUGUCAGAAAUCAUCAUCAGUUGGCCAACAUAUUCACCAAGACAUUGCCUCGCAAUGCUUUUCUCAACAUCUUGUCCAAGCUGGGUAUUGAAAACAUUUUUCUCCCAUCUUGA